AAGGAGUCCAACUAAACGCGUCUAAACGCGUCCACACUCACCUUCAUGUUAAAAAUCCCACCGAAUAACACACUCUCGUCCUCCUCCUCGGGUUCAAUACUUCCCCUCCAUUGUCUCCGGAAAUGCCUGUGGAUGCAACCACGCCAAUACACCAGGCUCACAUUAUCGAAGUAGGCUCGUCAUACGAACAAUAUGUGGGGCGGGUCGACAACCCUGAUCCCUCGAAAUCAGAGGCUGAGGCAGAAACUUUCAUUCUGCCACUCCUUUGGCCUAGCUACUCGCCUCUUACAGUCCAAAGAUUUCUUGAAGAUCUGUCGUCGACCACAACUGACUUCAAAACCCUCACCAACCUUUCUCACUUCUGUGACCGAAGCUCCGUUAUCGCUCUCACCCAAUAUUAUAGUUGUACUCUGCUAAGAGCACCACCUCGAUAUGGAAAGACCUCCAUAGUAUCGAUGCUUAGCUACUUCUAUGACGUUCGCCACAAAGACGAUUUCGCAUAUGCUUUCCGUUAUUCGGAAGACAUGUCAACGUGGAUGCCAAACAAUCACUAUGUUCUGAAACUAGAGUUUGGAAGCUUGGAUGUGAAGAGUCAGGACUUCAAUCUGAACGAUGAGUUGAACAAAGCGCUAGAAGACUUUGUCAAGCAGUACAGUCUUUUACCGGAAGGCAAAGAAUGGAAAGAGUUGGAGGAUAAGGAUCCUGUUACGACCCUUAGCAAUGUCAUGUCAGUGACCCGACCUCGAAAGCAUGGCUUGGUUGUCCUCGUUGACGACUACGAUUCUCCCUUCUGGGCUGCCUACGAGUUCCCGGACAAACGAGACGAAAUCAAAAGGAGUUUAUACAAGUUCUUCGGGGCACUUCUAUGCUGGAAGAGAUGCCAAGUCAUCUCGGUGAUAUUUUUUACGGGAACGCAACAAAUCCUCUCUACAGUCUCGGAGGCGACGUGGGAAGAGGCACACGAUAUCGUCGUCCAAGAGGACACCGACAAGCUCGCUGGUUUCUGUCGAGAGGAUGUCUUCUACAUCGCGAAUGUGAUGCAAUGGACAUUUCACGGACUGCGGUUGGCGGAACUCGCAGAUGAGUUUCUGGAAUCGGAGGAGGCCAAGGAGCAGUUGGAGCAAGGAGCGGGCUGGUACGAGUUCUCCUGUCACACUGUCCUAGACUUCUUUCACAAGAGGCUGGCGGAAAAGGGUAAGGCAGUCACAGGGUACGUUCCCUUACGCACGGAACAACGGAUCGUGAACAGUCCUAUCUUUCCGUAGAGGUGUGUCACUGUUGACUUGCUCUGUAUCGUUUUAUUACUACAUCGAAUCAGUC